AUGACUGAGCCGGAGAACUUCGAGGAGGAUCUCUUCGCCGAUCUCUACGACGAUGAUGCCCCAGCGAAGCCUGCUGCCGCCCAGCAACCCACGCCUGCGCCUGCACCCGCACCUGCCUCUGUCCCCCAACAGAGCAUCGAGACACAUGCCGAGCCGCCUGCCCAAUCCGGACUGGACUACGGCGGUGGCGGCGGCGGCGGCGGCGACGACCAGAUGAAGUACGAAGAGGAUGACGAUGACGACGAUGUAGACUUCAACCUCGGAGGUGACAGCGGUGGCGGUGGUGGAGGAGGCGGCGGCGGUGGCGGUGGUGGAAAUAGCUACGCUCCUCCCUCGAACGGCGUCGGCAACGUAAAGCACGAUGAACCUACGUACUCGACGAGCACGGCAAAGAACCCUAGUGCCAAGGAAGACGGGUAA